AUGGUUAAUGUUAGGGAGGUGAUAGACUUCGGCAGCUCGUGCUACGAACACCAGCGAGUCUACACGUACAUCCAGUCGCGCUUCUACCGCGCGCCCGAGGUGAUGAUGGGCGCCAAGUACGGCAUGCCCAUCGACAUGUGGUCGCUGGGCUGCAUACUCGCGGAACUGCUCACAGGUCAGUGGCGUUUGUUUUGUAUUGUGUGUAAUGUCAGUGGCGUUUGUUUUGUAUUGUGUGUAAUGUACACGCACGUCCAGUCGCGCUUCUACCGCGCGCCCGAGGUGAUGAUGGGCGCCAAGUACGGCAUGCCCAUCGACAUGUGGUCGCUGGGCUGCAUACUCGCGGAACUGCUCACAGGUUUCCCCCUCCUCCCCGGCGAAGACGAGGCGGACCAGAUGGCGUGCAUAAUCGAGCUGCUGGGCAUGCCGCCGCAGAGGCUCAUCGAGCAGGGCAAGCGCUCCAAGAACUUCAUCAGCAGCAAGGGUCUGCCGCGGUACUGCACCGCCACCAUGCUGCCCGACGGCACGACGCUCUUAAGUAGCGGCAUGUCGAGAAGAGGCAAGCCUCGCGGUCUGCCCGGCUCCAAAAGUUUUGUCACAGCGCUCAAAGGUUGUCAAGACAAAUAUUUCAUUGAUUUUAUAAGAAGGUGUCUAGAAUGGGAGCCCGAGAAGCGCCUAACCCCCGCCGCGGCGCUGCGGCACGCGUGGCUGCGCCGCCGACUGCCGCGCCCGCCGCACGACGACGACCCGUCGCCCGCGCCGCCCGCCAACUCGAGUGGCGGGUCGGGGUGCGCGGGCGCGGGCGGGGCGGCGGGCGCGCGGGGGGGCUCGCUGCGCACGCCGCUCGCGCGCACUCCAGUCACCUUCAACGCGUCGCAAGUCGCCAAAGCGAAACUUCAAGCAGCACUGUCGGAGGAGAGCAGCGGGCUGGGCGGGCUGAGCGGGCUGAGCGGGUCGGUGGGCAGCGUCGGCGCGGCGGGCGCGCGCUACUGGGCGGCCGGCAAGCUGCCGCACCUGCCCGCGCCCUCCUAGCGCCCGCCCGAAGCGCGCCGCCUCGCCAAGGUGUCGUCCUUGGAGGCGCCACGACGCGCAGGCGUGGGCGGCGCGCGCCUCGAGCUCGAGCGGCGCAGCCUCGACCUCGAGCGCGAACUGCGCGCCGACCGCGACUCCGACGCCUCGCUCGACGACCGCGACCACCUCG